UUGCUUUGUACUUGAAUAGCCUUUUUACCAAAUACAUUUUUACUCUUACUUGAGAUAUUUGGUGGGCUGCUAUUUACUUUUACUUGAGUAAAAAUAACAGUAACAGUGCUGGUCCAGACUGUUAUCUGAAAUUUCUGAAUAAUAAAAAAACAUUUGGUGCUCCUUAUAUGAUCUUGUUUGCUAGCUUGUAGAGCUAAUACUUAUGAAUGAUAGUUGCUGCUCUGUUUUGUGACAAAGAUCAAGUUUUAUUGUGUCUGCAAAAGUUCUUGUCAUGUAUAUCGAGCAAAGCAAAGGAGAGCUUUGAUGUGUCUGACUGAAGCAGGCGCUUCUUUGUGAUUUUGGUCAGAAGGAUCCUGUCAGGUCUUCAGCUUUGCUCUCUCCAUGUUUGUCUUCUUUAAGACCUAAAGUGACACUAUAGGCGGCUGUGUUCAUGAGAUCAUGUUCUCCUUGUAGCCAAUCAGCACAGCCUUGUCUCUGUGGAGUUCAGUAAGCAUCAAGGUGCUUUUCAUUCAACACGUCCAUUUCAGCAGGAUGGCACCUUCAGGCUCUGUUUUCUGUCUCAUGGUUGUCCUCUUAUGGAGAAAGGUCGAGCUGAAUUAUUUGGGAAAAUCAUCUGUUGAUCAACAGAGGAGCUUUAUGUCAGCUGAAGUUGGCAGCAGCGUGACUCUGCAUUGCUCUUAUGGGACUGAAGCUGCGAGGUAUUACUGGUACAAGCAAUCUCUGGGACAGAAGCUACAGAUUAUCUCUAUCAGUUAUAAAUUUGAUAAAAGUGGCACUUUUCAUGACGAGUUCAAGGACAACCCACGCUUCGCUGUGGAAACCAACGAUGGAAAAAGUCAGUUAAAUAUCUUUGACUUAAAACUAUCAGACACAGGAACUUACUUUUGUGCAAGUGGCAUUUCAUUUGUGUUUGAGUUUGGGGAGGGUGUCACAGUCAGCGUGAAUAAUCCGGUCCUGGAAAAUACAAGUUGGAUCCGUCAGUCUGAAUCUGGAACCGUCCAGACGGGAAGCUCUGUGACUCUGAACUGUACAGUCCAAACUGGGAGCUGUGGUGGAGAACACAGUGUUUACUGGUUCAGACACUCUGGAGAAUCUCAUCCAGGACUCAUUUACACCCACGGAGGAAGCAGCGAUCAGUGUGAGAAAAGUCUUAACACACAAACACACACCUGCAUGUACGAUCUGCCUAUAAGGAACCUGAGUAAGUCUCAUGCUGGGACUUAUUACUGUGCUGUUACUUCAUGUGGACAAGUUCUGUUUGGAAACGGGACGAAGCUGGACGUGGAAGGUGAGGCCGUCUCUUUGUCCUUGGUUUAUUUCUUAAGUGGAGCUUUGAUUUUCACCAUCAUGCUGAGUCUUCUACUGGCCUUCACACUGCACAAGAUGCACAAGAGGAACAGCUGCCAAACUUCAGAGUUUAACGGAAGAAUUUUAUGUCAUCCAGCAACAAGCACCCAGGUACACCGAGUUGCAGGCGACCUCCAUUAUGCUGCUGUAAAUGUUAACCAGCUCAGCAGACCAAGGAGACACAGGAAGAGCACAGAGACUGAGUGUGUGUACUCAGCUAUAUGACGCAGCAGACUGGAGACGGUUCACUUCACUUCACUCUCCUAAAGCUGCCUGGAGAACUGAAGCACAGCUCAGAGACUGUUUCAGGGUCAAAGACUGAAGAAUACUUCUGUGUUGUUUAUUUUAACAUUUCACAGAAUAAACUUAUUUAAAUUCUUAAACUUAUUAAAAUGACUAAAUUGUGUUUGCUUGAUCGAUUGGAUGCAAGUUUUUACAGUGCGUACAUUAUGAUAAUUUGCUUAGUUACCAACUUUGAAUUCAGGUUAAUGUUCUCCAUCCAUCCAUCCAUCCAUCCAUCCAUUUUCUUUCACCCUUGUCCCUCAGUGGGGUCGGGAGGGUUUCUGGUGCAUAUCUCCAGCUUCAGGUUAAUGUUAUUCAUGCAAAAAUAUCAUAAUAUUCCUGAAGGAAAAUUAAAUGUUUUAGAAAAUUCAUUUCUUCAAAGAGUUCUUAUUAUAGAUGGUGAUGACUGUUGGCAAGAAAGAGCUCCUGUAGAAACUGUGUUGCAGCAAAUUUGAAGAAGCCUCAGUCUGUGGAUAUUCACUGAUCAUCAGCGUUGUUCAUUAUUGUUUUCAUUUUAUGAAGCAUCUUUAUUGAACAGUCAGAAUAGAACAGAAUCAGGCUUCUUUGUUCAGCUUUUUAAAAUCUCUGUUUCUGAUAGAACCACCAGUUAACAAUGUAUUGAGACAGAUCUAUGGAAGAUAUGCAGCAUCUUGCUGCAAACACUAAGGGACCUACGUUUUGUUUAUUGUGGUUUUUCUUGAUUGACUCUCAGAAACAUGCAUUAAAUCCACUGGCAUGUAUUCUUUUUUUUAGGUAAAUGGAGCCUUAAUUUGAUAGUGAAUUGACAGGAAGGUGGGUUAUGAGAGAGGGGAAGGUCUGGAGCCUAUGACACCCACGCUGAGGGCUGAAGUCUCCAAAUGUGGUCUGUGCUUAACCCCUGCAUCACCACAGAAC